AUGUGAAUGAAGAAGAUUUGAAUGGUUUCUAUCGUCUCGCCUUUAUGUGGACCAAUUUGGUAUCCUAACGGCUACGCACUAUAUAAACCAAGGAGAGUACUAAGACAACUUUGUUACAUCCAAACGGAUCCCGACGUGGAGAAUGAAAAUUUCACUUUGUUGGUUGAAGGAACAAAGAUCACCGAGAAAUAUUUUGAGCCAAAACAUGAACCAACUCCUACGGUAGCACAUUGGAAUGCACAUAAUAACUACCACUUACCUUUAGGUGAUUGUGUACCUUGUCAAGGACAUGUGAAUGCAUGUGAUGAUGAUUAUAUGGAGUUUUAUAAAGAAAUUAGUCAUCCUUUUGUGAUAAAUAAAGAACAACAAGCUAAGACUGAUGCGGCGAAGGCGAAGGCAAAUGAGAGGGAGUCUAAAAGAGCUCAGAAGGAAAUGCCUAUUUGUGGAGAAGAAGCUAAAAGGUUAUGGGAUAAUGUGGUGUUGAAGGGUUCGAAAUUAUUGAAGAAAUGGAUGGCUAAAAUCAAAAGUGAAGAGUCGAUGUUGACAAAGGAACAAACCGUUUACUACAAGCAGUGGGAGGGUCUUAUAACUAAAAGAAUGGUGGAGCCAAGUAGGUCUAAGCAACUGAAGAGGGGUCGACAACGAGGAGAAGGUUCUAGUCGCGUUGUGGAUGAAAUCGGUGGAGGAGAUGAAACCCCAAGUGAUAAGGAAGUUGGACGUAAAACUCGUGCUAAACAAGGAGGUGGAAAAAUGGGUCGACAACAAGGAGAAGGUUCAAGUCGCGAUGUGGAGGAAACCGGUCGAGGAGGUGGUAAGAGGGGUCGUAAAAGUGGUCCUUAGUGAUUUCGUAUGAUUUUAGCUUCAAAAAACAU